CAAGUCGUGUUGGUGGAAUCAUAAAAUGUGUAUUAAAAUUUUAUUUCAUUUUUAUGUGAUUACGCGAUAGCUAGAGUGAGAGGAAGAUAUAAGCAAAAACUAUGACGUGUCUGGACCACCCUUGUCCAGCUUUCAGUGAAGGUGUAGCUGGGACAGCUUUCGCAAACGUUGUCACUCACCUUCUUGCUGCCCAGUGCUUGCUCACUGAACCAUGGCCGCAGGACAGUCUGGAUAGAGUAUCUUCUGGAGAGUCCUUCGACUUCAUAAUUGUCGGCGCGGGUACAGCAGGUUCCCUAUUAGCGAAUCGGUUGUCGCAGGUUGAAGACUGGAAGGUAUUGGUGAUCGAGGCUGGAGAUAACCCACCUGUGGAGAGCAUUAUACCAAACUUUUCGGGAGCAACACAUCGGAGUAUACAUGCUUGGCAGUACUAUACGGAAAAAGACGAGAAGACAAAUAGAGGUUGCGUUGAUGAAAGGUCCUUUUGGCCUCGAGGAAGAACUCUCGGAGGUACUGGAUCCAUUAACGGCCUUCUCCAUAUGAGAGGAAGUCCAAGAGACUACAAAUCUUGGCAUCAAAAAAAUGGCGACGGUUGGGACUGGCUUAGUUUAAAGAAAUACUUUAUGAAGAGUGAAAAGAUGAUAGACCCGUUCAUUCUUAACAACCCUGAUUUGAUCAAAGACCAUGGUACCAGUGGAGAAUUCAUUGUAGAUCAACUUAACUUUACUCACGUUGGCGUAGCCGAGAUGCUAACAGAGGCUUAUAAAGAAAUGGGAUUAAAGUUUUUGGACGAUUUGAAUGGGGAGACUCAGAUGGGAGUAGGAAAAGUAAGAGGAGGUAAUCAUAACGGCCGUAGAGUAAGCACAGCUACUGCUUUCUUGAAUCCUGUAAGAGAAAGAAAAAAUUUGUAUGUUUUGAAGACUGCAUAUGUUAAAACUUUAGUGAUAGAUGAGCAAAAAAGAAUCACAGGCGUUAGAGUGAUCACAAAAUCUGAUGCUGAUGCAGUUUUUUAUGCUACAAAAGAUGUCAUUGUUAGUGCCGGAACGGUAAACACACCUAUGUUGCUAAUGAUUUCUGGCAUUGGUCCUAAUAAGCAGUUAAAACAAUUAGGUAUCGAUGUAAUAGCUGAUCUGCCUGUUGGGAGAAAUCUACAAGACCAUGUCAGAAUACCAAUUCCAGUAACUAUAAAUACUGGAGCUAAACCGAAAGAUGACUUACAUUGGUUAAAAGCCACUGCCGAGUAUUUAUUAGAGCAAAAAGGACCUCAUGCUACUAAUUAUGACCAACCGAAUAUAAAUGCUUUUUUAUCCGUGCCCGAUGGUAAAACGUUACCCGAUGUUCAAGUCGACCAUAAUUAUUUUGUACCAAACACUUCAUAUGUUUACCAAAUGUGUACGAAUGUAAUGUCUUUUAAAGAUGAGAUUUGUAAACAAUUUGCAAACAUGAAUGAAGACAAAGAAAUGAUUAUUUUCUACGUGUCUUUAUGCAGACCGUAUUCAAAGGGCAGGAUUGAAUUGCGAGGCAAAUCUGGAAUAGGGAAUCCAAAGAUCUAUUCAAAAUACUUUAGCGAUAAGAGAGAUAUGGAAACAUUCAUUAAAAGCGUGAAAAGAGUUAUGGAGAUCGUUGAUACUCCGACGUUUAAAAAAGUUGAUGGGGCAAUUAAAAGAAUAUAUUACGAAGGCUGUGAUGACACUGACUUUGGUAGCAUUGAAUAUUGGGAAUGUAUGGCUAGAACUGUAACUUACAACGUUUAUCAUCCUGUAGGAACGGCAAAAAUGGGAAAACCUGAAGACCCCACUUCAGUAGUCGAUAGUAAAUUAAAAGUAAUAGGAGUACAAGGCCUUAGAGUGGUUGAUGCUAGUGUGAUGCCGACCAUUCCGAGUGUAAAUACAAAUGCUGCUGUUAUGAUGAUUGCGGAACGAGCUGCAGAUUUUAUUAAAGAGGAAUAUGACGUAUUGUAUAAUAAAAAGGAUGAGCUUUGA